GGGUAGGGACAGCUCCUCCUGGGGACUCGUUUUCUCUCUCUGCACCCCCUAGCCCCUUCAGAUCUGCCUUGAAAAGUGGGACAGUUGCGCACCGCUGCAGAAAACCCCACCACCGUCCCCAGGAGACCGGUCGAAGUGCGCACUCCGAGUCAGAGUUUUCUUCUGGCCGAGAGGGGGAGCCCGGGGAUCCCAGCCCCAGCAACUGGGAGUCCUGACCCAGCCCGGGCCGUCGCCAGCGCCAGUUUAGGCUUCCGCAGAUUAGGAGGAGGAAGAGGAGGGAGGGGACCCGAGCCCGAGGGUCCCGAGUCCAGAGCCGUGCGAACCUCCACAAAGUUUCCCUGCCCUCCACCAACGCGCGAUCCUGGGCCACGGUCCCCGGAGCUCCAGUGCCUGCCCCAGCCGAGCGGCCGCAUCCCUCUGCGAGCCACGUAUAGGUUCUGUGAGCACUAGGAUGGCUUGGAAACCCAUUGUGUAGCCAAAGAUGACCUUGAACUUCUGAGCUUCCUCCCUCCAUCUCCUGAGUGCUAGGAUUAGAGAUAUGUACCACCAGCCCUGGCUUUAGAAAGUGAAGAAAGGACUUCACAGGAUAGUGUUACUGAGUUGAGCUGUUGCAAGGCUCCACAUCAUGAACCGUGCUUUCAGCAGGAAGAAAGACAAAACAUGGAUGCAUACGCCUGAAGCUCUAUCAAAACAUUACAUCCCCUAUAAUGCAAAGUUUCUUGGCAGUACAGAAGUGGAGCAACCAAAGGGAACAGAAGUCGUGAGAGACGCUGUCAGGAAGCUGAAGUUUGCAAGACACAUCAAAAAAUCUGAAGGUCAGAAGAUUCCUAAAGUUGAAUUGCAAAUAUCAAUUUAUGGAGUAAAAAUUCUUGAACCCAAAACAAAGGAAAUCCAACAUAACUGCCAACUUCAUAGAAUAUCAUUUUGCGCAGAUGAUAAAACUGACAAGAGGAUAUUCACUUUCAUAUGCAAAGAUUCUGAGUCAAAUAAACAUUUGUGUUAUGUGUUUGACAGCGAAAAGUGUGCUGAAGAAAUAACAUUAACAAUUGGCCAAGCAUUCGAUCUGGCAUAUAGGAAGUUUCUAGAAUCUGGAGGAAAAGAUGUGGAAACAAGAAAACAGAUUGCUGGGAUGCAGAAAAGAAGCAGCAGAGGCAGCAGAUGCUGGAUCCAAGAUUUAGAAACAGAAAAUAUGGAACUUAAAAAUAAAGUACAAGAUCUAGAAAACCGGUUGAGAGUAACUCAAGUGUCAUCCUCUUCAGCUGGCAGUGUGACAGUGACAUCUCCUUCUACUGACAUCUUUGAUAUGAUUCCAUUUUCCCCAAUUUCACAUCAGUCUCCAUCACCUGCUCGAAAUGGCACACAGUUACCAACAGUUCCUAGCAGAACUGCAGAGAUCAAGCGGGAUCUUUUUGGAGCUGAACCUUUUGACCCAUUUAACUGUGGAGCAGGGGACUUCCCUCCAGAUAUUCAGUCCAAAUUAGAUGAGAUGCAGGAGGGGUUCAAAAUGGGACUGACUCUUGAAGGCACAGUGUUUUGUCUCGACCCAUUAGACAGCAGGUGCUGACACCACGAGUGAGCAAUCCUGCCAUGCAUAAUUGGUUUAUAUACAUGUACAUCGUUCAUUAUUUUCAGACAGGUAGUAUACUUGUGCCAAUAUAGUUUUGCAUAUCUAAAUGUUUUUAAAUUGAAGUAAAAAUCUCCCCACUUUCACUAUUGAUUUACCUGUUAUUUUAAACAGAGCUUAGUGUAAUGUAUAUGGGACUUUUAUGUUCCCUUUUGUGUUCUGGGUGAUUUUAUAAUUGAAAAAAGAAGUUUGCUGAAUAUCUGCUUUGUCUAAGUUCUAAAUAAUCAUCACCUUGAAAUUUAUGCUCAUUCUCCAUUAUCUUUGUCCCCAAAGCCAUACCUUGAUAUCUUUGCAAUUUGGUAGGAGACUGGCCAUUAUACAUGUUCUGUUCUGAUACCAGUAAACAGGCUAGCAGUCAUUAGAUGGAUAUCAUUUUGAGUAUAAAAUGUUCAUCUCAUUAUGAACAUUUAAACUUUAGCUAUUAUGCUACCAGAUUACUAAAUUCUAUCUGGUAAAAUAAGAAUAUAAAUUUCAACUGUAAUUAUAUAAAAUGUCUUGAGAAUAUUAGUAAAUAUGAAAUAAUAACCUCAGUCAUUUAAAUUAUAGUCAAAAAUAUUUUAUUUGUCUCAAGAGUAACAAUUGUGGAAAAAUUGUUUUCUUAAAAAAAUUAAGUUUCAUUAGUAUAUUAGUCAUAUUAGUAUAACAUUGGGCCAACAUCUGCUCUGGUAUUUUAAGAAAUAACGUUUAUGCUUUCGACAGAUGCGAUGCCUAUUGUCUAUUUUUAUUUUACCAGUAUUUCUCAGAUAUUAUGUGAUGUGAUAUUUCUCUCACCAACUUUAUAUCUAUUAGUUUUAAUACUUUAAAAUUUCUGAGAGAUAUUCUAUUUAAAUUUAAGAACAUUUAACAAUUUUACCUUUUAUUUGCUAUGUUAAAGUCAAAAUCUCGUUUUUAACGAAAAAUUCUCAUCAGCUUCAUCUUGAAUAUGAGCAAUAAAAUUUUCCAGCAUCUCAUUCAGAUGUGCUGAUAGACUUUGACCUUGAAAACAUAUGCUUCCUAUAGAUUUGUACAUGAUUUAAAAUAUCAAGAGUGUAGAAAAAAUUAUUGUCAAAAUUUCUGCUUUUGUUUAUCACAAUAUUAGGAAAAUAAAGAAAAUCUCGGCUUAGUUAUCAAAACUAAGUAGAUAUUACUCACAGAGUUUUAUGCAAGCAUCAAGGGUACAUUUCCAUUAGGAGCAGAGCAGAAAUCAAAUGUGCUUAUGCAAUAUGUUAUUUGUACCAUCAUGUUCUAUGGUAUGCAGGAGCCUUCCUGUUUAUGUUCUGUUAUUCCUGCGUAGUUAACUAUUAACUAGCUAAUAGUGUGAGUUUUAUCAGGAAGUCUUUGUAGUUCUGUUUGUCAGAUAGUAUUUUGGAAUUUGUAUAAUGAGGAUGCUUUGAAGUCAUCUAAAUGGCUUUUUUUAACAGAUAGAAUUUGUAUUUUUAUUGUACUUUAAAAAGCUUUAUGUAAUAGGUAUAUAUUUAGCAAACAAACAUUUAAUAUGAAUUGUAACACAAUAGAAAACUGAGAUGAUAUUUGCACAUUUAAGAUAUGUUACUUACCAAUUUCUAAUGGUGAUCUGUUCUGCUACUGGCAUGAUCAAAUAGUAUAUAAUUGAUCAUUAAUAUGAACAUUUACUUGUGUGAAUUUUUAUGAAGACAUGAUUGGAAAUUUUAUUUCUAUGUAAACUCAAUGAUAUGUUUGAUUUUGCUGACAAUAAAAGCUUUGAAAUAAAUUAAA